AUGUCUCCCUCCCUGCGGCCUGCGCCCGGCCGCUCCCUUUCCCAUCCCGACACACUCCGCUUCCGCUUAGGCAUCGGGCCCCAGGGGGGGCAACGAGCCCGCCCCCGGGCACAGAUCCUACCCCGCAUGGCUCUGAACGACGGCGGCAGAUCCGUGGAGCAGUUCCGGCCGUCGAUCCUGUACCCAGACCUGCGCGUCCUGGAGCGCACCUGGGAGCCGUCUGCAGGCGCCCCAAAGGGGGGAUUACUGAUGGUGCAUGGUGGCAUGUGGCACUCCGGCUGGUUCGGGCCCUUUGGGGAUGCUGUGUGCGACGCCGCCGGAGUGCGCGUCACCGCGCUGGACCUCCCGUCCCACGGCAAGUCCGACGACAUCGAGGGGUACCGCGGCUACACCAGCCGUUUCAAAGACUUCGUGGAAGAGGCGGGGGCCACCCUGGACCGCCUGCGGGCGUCGCUGCCCGAUGGCGCGCCGGUCGCGGUGCUGGGGGAGUCCAUGGGCGGCCUGGUGACCCUGCUGCUUGCUCUGGAGCCCGGCGUGGCGGAGAAGAUCAGGGGCCUGGUCCUCCUGGCGCCGCUUAUUCGCCCCGCGGCUGCCGUCAUGCCGCCCAAGCCCGUGGUCGCGGUCGUCAAGCUGAUCGGCAGGCUGUUCCCGCGGCUGGUGAUGCCCGGCAACGAGCUAUCCGGCGAGAGCUUCGACCUGGCCUUCGGCGACGCGGAGGUCGCUGAGAUGGCCAAGCGGGACCCCCUGGUGCAGUACGGCGAGGACGUGAGGAUCGGCACCAUGGCCGGCGCGCUGAGCGCCUGCGACGAGCUGGAGAGCCGGUUCGGGGAGCUGGCCGUGGGCAGCGUGGUCGUGCUGCAGAACGAGGGGGACGUGAGGACGGAGAUCGCGCGCAGUGAGGACAUGCUCGGGAGGAUCGGGCGGGUGCGCGACAGGGAGCUAGUGAGGCUGCCCGGCACUGCGCACCAACUGUUUCAGGACGCGCCGGGGGUCAGGGAGGAGAACGUGGCCAGGGUGGCCAAGGUUGUGAGGAAGAUGUGCGCCUGA